AUGGAGGAUCGGGCUUGCAGGGGAUAUGGAGUGAGUGGGGCGCUGGCAAUGCUUCGCUUGGUGAAAUUCAUUGGGCAGUUGGAGGGCGCAGUUGCGAAUGCCUGGGAAGCUGGCGACCAUGCAGAGUUGGGCAGUUGCUUCACGAAGGACAGCAUCGGGAACAGAGAAGAGUGCGGCGUGGAGGUGACGGUGCUGAGCAGCGAGAAGGACAUCUUUGUGAAGAUGCGCGAAGCUUCUGAUGCAGCUGCAAGGGUGAAGGUGAGCAAGCUUUUGGGGCAUGGUUUGAAUUGGACGAG